ACCGAAGCGGAUGAGACAUUCUUUCAGACAGUUGCGCAUUAAUUAGUCUGCACUACGUUGUUCAGAGGAUGUAUGGUUGAUUUUUCUCUGUUUUGUUUAUUUAAAAUUUGGAGCUUUUUCUUAUCGCGUACAGAAUAUUUUAGGAAUCGGGCACUUUGUGGCAACGCUUGUUCAAAUUUAAUCUAAUCAGUUCCAAGGAAGGAGGGAUACUGUCGCGCGGGUCGCACCUGCCCUCGGGGACUGCUCUCAUCUGUCUCUUCAACUGGAACCAAAACUGCGCUGAGGAGCUGUCUUGCAAAACAAGCUAUGGGAUACAAGGAAAACUGCUGGGUUUCUUAGAUUUUGAUCUAAGGAUUGUUGGGAUUAAAAACGAAAGGGAAUUUGUCACUUUUGGACUAUUAGCCCUAGCUGCGAAUUUUCUCCGUUUUCAUCCUCAGCCAACACUUUUGGCUCUUCCUUGGGAUUGAUUUUAUUGAAGUAGGGCUAUUAUCUGUGGUCGACAGAAUGGCCCCGCUCGACUGCGCGAAACUGUCAAUCCUCCUUCAUUUGAUCACAUAUAUCACCGGUCAGGUCAGCCUACCGGCCCCUCUUCUGCUUCCCUCUGGGGACACACACCUUCGCCACACUGGGAAGUCACUCACCCUCACCUGCAGAGGUGCCGCCCAACUGCACUGGAGGCUGCCCUGGCGGGACGUCACCUCGGAGGGGGUGCGCGUGGAGGAGUGUGAGCCCCAGCUGCACGCCCACUGCAGUAAGUUGCUGGUGAGCCACCUGAGCCCCAACGACACAGGCCUCUACAGCUGCAAGUACACCCAGCCCUCCGCCGACUUCAGCUCCACCUAUGUCUACGUCAAAGAUCACCAGCAUCCGUUUGUGGAGCACCAUUUCCCCAUUCCAUACACCUUGUUUACAUACAGACAUGAGGCCACCAUAGUGAUUCCCUGUAGAACAACUUCUCCUGACCAGAUUGUCACUCUUGAAGGGCUGCCACCCUUAUCAGAGGAGAUGGAACAACGGAAGGAAUGGGACCCCAAGAUAGGCUUCGUGAUCCCAUAUGGUCCCUACGUAUCCUUUCGUCUCCUGACCUGUGUUACCAGCGUCGACGGCCAACAGGUCCAGUCGCAGUACAUCCCUCUGAGGCAAACUAACUUCCUGAGGAACGUAAAGAUCAACCCUGAACGUAUCAAGCUGUUAGUGGGAGAUACUCUGGUCCUCAACUGCUCUGCAGAGACCACCUUCAACGGAAGGAUCAACUUCCAAUGGGAGUACCCAAAGAGGAUGGUCAAUCGGAACCCCACCGUCAAUAAGAUCAGAGAGAAUCCGGCUUUGAUCACCAGGAUGUACAAAGCCAUCACCUUGUCCAACAUCACCAUGGACGACAGGGGCAUGUACAGGUGCACGGCGGAGAUAGGGAACGCUGAGAUGGGGAAAAAGAAGCACGCCUCAGCCAAGGUCACCAUCUACGAACAUCCAUACCUGAAUGUGUCCUAUAAGAAUGAAUGGGCCAGGAGAGUAGUCUACACAGAGGGUAGAAACAAGCUGAUGUUUGAACCCAAGGUCAAUGCACUGCCACCAACCGACACCAUCGCAUGGUAUAAGGAUGGCGUCCCCAUCAACGAGAACUCUACUUGUUAUGAGUCUUCAGGCUACAACCUACUCAUCAAGGACGUGAAGCAGAAGGAUGCUGGGGUCUUCACCAUCGCCCUGGGCAACAAGGAGAGAGGCCUCUACAGGAAUCUCAGCUACACUCUGGUAGUCCGAGUGAGGCCUAUGAUCUCAGAAGAGGAGGUGGCCUCGGUAGACGUCCAACCAUACAUGUUCGGCAAGCAGCACCAGCUAACCUGCACCGCCUUUGGAGUGCCCAUGCCCGACAUCACGUGGCUCUGGCAACCAUGCCACCCUGACCCCACCGACAAAGAGUGCACCCUUUACACUGAGCCAAUCCCAGUUCAAAUGGACGAUAAAGGGAACUACUCACACAACUGGAUUGAGAGCAUAAACAACCAAACUGAACUGGUGAAAGGAAAGAACAAGACUGUGAGUACGCUAGUGGUGGGAGCGGCUAACGUCACAGGGAUCUACUCCUGCGCAGCCCAGAACAUACUUGGCACCCGUACACUGAGAACCCCCUUCUAUGUGGACGAUCACCCUCAGCACCUGGCCAUUGAGCCCCAGACUGCCAUCGAGGGUGACGACGUCACUCUGACCUGCAGGGGGACUCGGUACCUGUACACAGACCUGCAGUGGAAGGACCCUCAGAACUCCACCAUCACCAACAACGUCACGGCCCUGCAGUUCAGCCCCUACUCUAUUUCUCUCUCCCUAAGCCUGCACAAUGUGUCCAGGAAUCACACAGCAGGCUACCAGUGCUGGGCGCACAAGAUCCACAACAAGAGAGCUAUAGUCAAGACUGUGCUGACUGUGCAUGAGAGGAAGAGGCCGUGGCUGAGACAGAACCUGACCAAUCAAGAUGUAAACAGCAGCAGCACUCUGACUAUGGCCUGCUACGCCCUGGGUGUGCCGCCGCCCUACAUCACCUGGUACAAAGACAACCUACCAGUACAGGAGGGUCCAGGUAUUACCCUGAGGGAGGAUGGGGUGCUGACGAUCAAGAGAGUGAAGAAAGACGAUGAGGGCUUCUACGAGUGUCUGGCCAGCAACGGUGAGGGGAGUGUGAAAGCCAGUGCUGUGGUCACUGUCGUGGGCGAUGAGGGGAAGCCCAACAUUGAGGUGAUCGUCCUGGUGUGUACAGGAGCUGCUGCCACCUUCCUCUGGCUCAUGCUCAUCCUCUUCAUCCGCAAGCUGAGGAAGUCUGUGGACUAUAAAAUGGGUCCAUCCAUCAUCAUCGACCCAGACGAGUUUCCUCUGGAUGAGCAAUGUGAACUCCUGCAGUAUGACAGCAGCAAGUGGGAGUUUCCCCGAGACCGCCUCAGACUGGGCAAAACUCUGGGCCAUGGAGCCUUCGGGAAAGUGGUGGAGGCUUCUGCUUUUGGGAUCGACAAGCUCUCGACCUGCAAGACUGUGGCUGUCAAAAUGCUGAAAGGAGGAGCUACGACAAAUGAGCGCAAGGCUCUGAUGUCCGAGCUGAAGAUCCUGAUCCACAUUGGUCAUCAUCUGAACGUGGUCAACCUGCUGGGAGCCUGCACCAAGCCUGGAGGUCCAUUGAUGAUGAUAGUGGAGUACUGCAAAUAUGGAAACUUGUCAAACUACUUGAGAAGCAAGAGGGCGGAUUUCAUCGUCUAUAAGAGCCAGGACGGUAAGCUGGUGACGUCGGGGUCGGGCUGUGACCUCAGCGAGCUCAUCAAGCGGCGCCUGGAGAGCGUGGCAAGCACCGGAAGCUCGGCCAGCUCCGGCUUUGUGGAAGAUAAGAGCUACUGCGACUCAGAGGAAGAGGAGGAAGAGCCAGAGGAUCUGUACAAGAGAGUAUUGACAAUGGAAGAUUUGAUUUGCUACAGUUUCCAAGUUGCAAAAGGCAUGGAGUUCCUGGCUUCACGCAAGUGUAUUCAUCGUGACCUGGCUGCAAGAAACAUCUUACUGUCGGAGAAUAAUGUUGUGAAGAUUUGCGAUUUUGGACUGGCCAGAGACAUCUACAAAGACCCAGACUACGUUCGCAAAGGAGAUUCCAGACUGCCCCUCAAGUGGAUGGCGCCAGAGGCCAUUUUUGACAAGAUCUACACCACUCAGAGCGAUGUGUGGUCCUUUGGAGUCCUAAUGUGGGAGAUUUUCUCUCUGGGUGCCUCUCCAUAUCCUGGCUUACACAUCGACGAGGAGUUCUGCUGCCGACUGAAGGAAGGGACCAGGAUGAGAGCUCCGGAAUACUCCUCCUCUGAGAUAUACCAGACCAUGUUGGACUGCUGGCAGGGCGAGUCAGGAGACCGGCCAACCUUCACUGAGCUGGUGGAGAGACUAGGAGACCUGCUACAGGCCAGUGUACAGCAGGAGGGCAAGCAUUACAUCCCAAUAGCAGCCCUGCUGUCCAAAGAGGGAGACCCCUCCAUCACGGCCCGGUCAGAGGAGACUAACACCAGGCCGCUCUCUCACCGCGACUCAGGGAGCACCUGGAACAUCCGGCCGGGAAGUGUGAAGACCUUUGACGAGGUUACCAUGGAGAACAGCUCUAACGACAACAAUGAGGGGGGACAGUCGGACAGUGGGAUGGGCCUGUCGUCUGACGAUGGGAACACGCUGAAACGCCUGAAAUCUUUUGCCUGACCUCCCUGCAUCAUGGCCCUGGCGAUGAAGGAGGUGAGUAGGAGUAAGGAGUCGGUGCUGAUUGAGGAAGAGAAGGACAAGUACCCUCAGCCUGUCUCCUCUCUGGACUUCAUCCUGAACAACUCUUCCCUGGAACCUGGUCUGGAGUGCCACAGCCCGCGCCCUGACGACAACUACAUAGUGCGCCCCUCCACCCCACCUGUGUAGCCCUACCCCACCCAAUCGCCGUGGGAGACCCCCCCCCCUGCCCCUGGUGGGGAGUCUGACUGAAUGCCUCAAGGCCUCUCCUUUGUUCUCCUCUGUUCUAGCUCGCCCUGGUCUUCACAGCGCACCGUAAAACGCCUGCUGCUGCCUCUCUCCUUUUAACUUCUUCCAUUUCUCCUCGUCCCCGGGGGUUGUGCUAGAGACAAGUUUGAGACGCUUUGUUACAACGUGGGAUCUGUUACUUUAGGACUGUGAACCUUUCUGUGUAUCUGCACUUAGCCUGCCUGCUUCCCAUCAGCCCACAGUGCAGGAAGGAGGAAGAGGAGUCUGCCUUCUCAGCCUGUCCCAGGGGUUCAUCUAUGUGCUGCUGGUCUUCUCCAUACCCCACUGUGAUAUCCACACCACAGGAGGAUGGUGGCACCUUAAUUGGGGAGGACGAGCUCGUGGUAAUGACUGGAGCAGAGUAAGUGGAAUGGUAUCAAGUACAUUAAACACAUGGUUGCUAUGUGUUUGAUGCCAUUCCUUUAGCUCCAUUUCAGGCAUUACUAUGAGCCGUCCUCCCCUCAGCAGCCUCCACUGAUCCACACAUACAGAUACCUAUAGAUACCUAUAGACCUACAGUGCUUUCAGAAAGUUUUCAUACAGUUGAAGUCGGAAGUUUACAUUUACUUAUGUUGGAGUCAUUAAAACUUGUUUGUCAACCACUCCACAAAUUUCUUGUUAACAAACUAUAGUUUUGGCAAGUCGGUUAGGACAUCUACUUUGUGCAUGACACAAGCCAUUUUUCCAACAAUUGUUUACGGACAGAUUAUUUCACUUAUAAGUCACUGUAUCACAAUUCCAGUGGGUCAAAAGUUUACAUACACUAAGCUGACUGUGCAUUUAAACAGCUCGGAAAAUUCCAGAAAAUAUUAUGGCUUUAGAAGCUUCUGAUAGGCUAAUUGACAUCAUUUGAGUCAAUUGGAGGUGUACCUGUGGAUGUAUUUCAAGGCCUACAUUCAAACUCAGUGCCUCUUUGUUUGACAUCAUGGCAAAAUCAAAAUAAAACAGCCAAGACCUCAGAAAAAAGUCUGGUUCAUCCUUGGGAGCAAUUUCCAAAUGCCUGAAGGUACCACGUUCACCUGUACAAACAAUAGUACGCAAGUAUAAACACCAUGGGACCACGCAGCCGCCAUACCACUCAGGAAUGAGAUGCGUUCUGUCUCCUAGAGAUGAAUGUAUUUUGGUGCGAGAAGUGCAAAUCAAUCCCAGAACAACAGCAAAAGACCUUGUGAAGAUGCUGGAGGAAAUGGGUACAAAUGUACGUAUCUAUAUCCACAGUAAAACAAGUCUUAUAUCGACAUAACCUGAAAGGCCACUCAGCAAGGAAGGAGCCACCGCUCCAAAACCACCAUUAAAAAGCCAGACUACGGUCUGCAACUGCACAUGGGGACAAAGAUCGUACUUUUUGGAGAAAUGUCCUCUGGUUUGAUGAAACAAAAUUAGAAUUGUUUGGCCAUAAUGACCAUCGUUAUGUUUGGAGGAAAAAGGGUGAUGCUUGCAAGCCAAAGAACACCAUCCCAACCGUGAAGCACAGGGGUGGCAGCAUCAUGUUGUGGGGCUGCUUUGCUGCAAGAGGGACUGGUGCAUUCACAAAAUAGAUGGCAUCAUGAGGUAGGAAAAUUAUGUGGAUAUAUUGGAGCAACAUCUCAAGACAUCAGUCAGGAAAUUAAAGCUUGGUCGCAAAUGGGUCUUCCAAAUGGACAAUGACCCCAAGCAUACUUCCAAAGUUGUGGCAAAAUGGCUUAAGGACAACAAAGUCAAGGUAUUGGAGUUUCCAUCACAAAGCUCUGACCUCAAUCCUAUAGAAGAUUUGUGGGCAGAACUGAAAAAGUGUGUGCGAACAAGGAGGCCUACAAACCUGACUCAGUUACACCGGCUCUGUCAGGAGAAUGGGCCAAAAUUAACCCAACUUAUUGUGGGAAGUUUGUGGAAGGCUACCCGAAACGUUUGACCCAAAUUAAACAAUUUAAAGGCAAUGCUUUCAAAUACUAAUUAAGUGUAUGUAAACUUCUGACCCACUGGGAAUGUGAUGAAAGAAAUAAAAGCUGAAAUAAAUCAUUCUCUCUACUGUUAUUCUGCCAUUUCACAUUCUUAAAAUAAAGAAUAAGACAGGGAUUUUUUACUCUGAUUAUAUGUCAGGAAUUGUGAAAAACUGAAUUUAAAUUUAUUUGGCUAAGGUGUAUGUAAACUUACGACUUCAACGGUAUCUCUUGACUUAAACCACAUUUUAUUGUGUUACAGCCUGAAUUCAAAAUUGAUUAAAUAGAUUUUUUUCUCACCCAUCUACAAUUAAAUGUACAAUAUCAAACAAGAUAAUAUAAAAUCAUAAGACAGUUAUGUAUAUUCUUCUGUAUAUCAAAUUAUAUAUACAUGAACUUAAUUUCCUUUAAAGACUCAGACAUUAGUUUGAAUCUAAAUAUUGCACAAUGUUCUCAUUUGUGAGGUCUUCACACAAUACCCCAUAACGACAAAGUGAAAACAUGUUUUUAGACAUUUUUGCAAAUGUAUUGAAAAUGAAAUACAGAAAUAACUCAUUCACAUCAUUAUUCACACCCCUGAGUCAAUACUUUGUUGAAGCACCUUUGGCAGCGAUUACAACUUUGAGUCGUUCUGGGUAAGACUCUAAAAGCUUUCCACACCUGGAUUGUGAAACCUUUUCCCAUUAUUAUUUUCAAAAUUCUUCAACCUCUGUCAAGUUGUUGAUCAUUGCUAAACAACCACUUUCAGGUCUUGCCAUAGAUUUUCAAGUAGAUUUAAGUCAAAACGGUAAUUAGGCCUCUCAGGAACAUUCACAGUCUUCUUGGUAAGAAAUUGCAGUGUAGAUUUGGCCUUGUGUUUUAGGUUUAUCCUGAAAAACUCCCCAGUCCGUAUCGAUUACAAGCAUACCCAUAACAUGAUGCAGCAACCACUAUUCUUGAAAAUAUGGAGAAUAGUGUUGUAUUGGAUUUGCCCCAAACAUAACAAUUUGUAUUCAGGACAAAAAAGUUAAUUGCUUUGACAGGUUAGUAUUGUGAAGUAACUACAAUGUUGUUGAGCCAACCUCAGUUUUCUGCUGUGACAGCCAUUAAACGCAGUAACCGUUUUAAAGUCACAAUUGGCCUCUUGGUGAAUUCCCUGAGCAGUUUCCAUCCUCUCCAGCAACUGAGUUAGGAAGGAUGCCUGCAUCUUUGUAGUGACUGGGUGUAUAAAUAAUGACUUCACCAUGCUCAAAGUGAUAUUCAGUGUCUGCUUUUUCAAAUGUUUACCCAUCUGCCAAUGGGGGCCCUUCUUUGAGAGGCAUUGGAAAACGUCCCUGGUCUCUGUAGUUUAAUCUGUGUUUGAAAUUCACUGCUCGACUGAAGGGCCUUACAAUUAUCUGUAUGUGUGGGUUACAGAGAUGAGAUAGUCAUUCAAAAAUAAUGUUAAACAUUAUUAUUACACACAGAGUGAGUCCAUGCAAGUUAUAUGACUUGUUAAACAAAUUUUUACUCAAGAACUUAUUUAGGCUUGCCAUAACAAACGGGUUGAAUACUUAUUUCAUUUAAUCCAUUUUAAAUUCAGGCAGUAAUACAAAAAAGUGGUAAAAGUCAAGGGGUGUGAAUACUUUCUGAAGGCACUGUAUGCAAACCUAAAGACAGGCUCAGGUAUUCCUAUGAUCUACUGUGAACAACACUAAGAAGUACAACAGAAUCCAGAUGUAUAACACAUGAAAUGUAGUGGUAGCAGGUUAUACUGUUGUGUAAAUUAAAAAUGUGUAACUAUGGGGAUAAAACAUGUAACAGAGAAAGAAAAUAGGUUGGAGAAUUGAGGCGUUUCUUGUUUUACUAUUUUAUUUCUGUACAAAUGUUUUAUAGAAUAGCAAACUGGAAAGUAAAUGUGCUAUUUUAUUAUAUUAAGUAAUAAUUAUUGUGUUUUCUUUUAGUUCGUAGUAUGAGGUUUAAUAAACAUUCUUAUCACAAAGUUGGUAUUUUCAAGCAUGUAUUACUCAGCUUGACUUUAGCUAAUGCUCACGUUUUUAAAAGGCACCUGUCGGACAGAUUAUCGGAACGAUUCGUGAAUAAUUGAAUCUGCCAGUUUGAAAAGAUUUCUCACUUGAGUACUCAGAUCCCCAGUCUUCCCAGUGAACAUGUUUAAAAUAUAUAUAUUUUUCCCAUUCGCCUCAGAGAGAAGAAAGGGUUGAGACUGUAGAUGGGUAUUGGCUCAGUCUGAGUAGUAGUAGUUUCAACAGCCCAAGUCCCAAUGCACUCUGAAUAGGGUUAAGGUAUGAAGGGAACAGGGCAAAACGGAGAGUAAUACCACACUGCAUUGGAUUUAACACUACUUCUCUACCGUGAAGGCAUUUUAAAUGAAAAGUCCGAUUUGGAUUCCUUCCCAUCCCGAUAUGGGCCCGUUCAUGAGGAAAACCUAACUGUAUAUUAUUGUUAUGUCCUGAGUGCAAAAAGGAAAUGAGAUGAUACAAGAGAGCCACAUGGACAAAGCGCGUUAAAAACAUGAGCUUGGAUUAGAAUUCCACAUGAAGCGUGUGUCUAAGAAAGCACUAGUAAAAUAAACCGUGCAUAUUUAUUUAGGUUUAUAUUAUACGUUGUCGCUUAUUAAUCCAGAUCAAAUGUUCUCUUAAAUAUGUCACACUGAAGAGUUAACCAAAGGAUUUGUACCCUCUGCCUGCUUGAUAACAAGAUAUGGAACAUUCCGGUUUUUAAUUCCAGAUUUAUAUGCUGUUUCCACUGCUGUAUACACUUUAAUUACAUUAGGAAAGAUGAAGGAAUUUACUGUUUGUUAGCAGGAAUGUUUAGAAUAGAAAGCUUCUGCUACUGAUCCAUUUUGUUACACUAAAAGUGUUAGUGAAGCUUGCAGGGCAGGCUACAGGAAUCCUAUGUGUUAUCCAGGCUGGUCACAAUACACUGGUCACUGAGAGUUAUGUUAUCUACUUUCUCACGUUUAGCCUGUAAUUACCUUUAAAAACAAGGCUGUUACAGAUUUAAGGGGAAAGUAUCAGGAUGAAGAGUUGAAAUGUUUGGAAAAAUAUGCAUCUUUGGUUAAAUAAAACUUCCAGUGACACCAGCUAGUCUUUCCUUACAAAUAGGAGGAAUUGAUCGUUUGUGUGUGUUAAGCUACUACAAUGUGCCAAUACAAUACAUUAUUCAUUAAGGUUUAUUAUGAAUCCUGUCUCUAAACCCCGAAAUCCUGCCAAAUUAUGUUUGCGUUGUUAAUGUGGACUGACUGGGUCUUGUGUUCAAUGUGGAGGGGAAAAGUAUAUGCACUGAUAUUUUCUAUCAAAUGUCGAUUUUUGUCAUCUAAAUGUAUUUUAUUAUUAACCAAGCAUAAGAAGUGAAUAAAUGAAUAAAGAUCUAUAUAUUUAUAAAUUA